UUUAUUAUCAUUCAUAUUUACAGAAGUUCUUCCAAAUUGAAGAUGAAACAUUAUAAAGCUGAAAUUAGCAGAGCGAGUCAAGUGACUUUGCAUCUCCACUUUUGAUCUCUUUUAUUAAAUUUGGAGUUUUGGAUUUGGUCAGAAAAAUGAAACUACGGUGUUUUUGUUGAUCAUUGUUAUAAAUUACGUCUGUUGCUACUCUAAAUGUUAACAUAAAAUAAUUAUAAGAGAUUACUGAAUUUCUGAACAAAAGUAAAAUGGCUGGUAUUAAAGUUUGGUUGCUUUGGCAUUUUCUGGUUCUGUUGGGAUGACAUUACUUGUGCUAGGAUGUGCUUUACCUCAGUACAAUAACUGGUAUCCAUUUUUCGUUAUUAUUUUCUACCUUCUCUCGCCCAUUCCAACAUUGAUAUCUAGGAGAUAUCGAGAUGAUAUGGGGACUAGCAAUGCCUGUCAUGAGCUUGCAUUGUUUAUAACUACAGGGAUAAUUAUCUCAGCAUUUGGCCUUCCUAUAGUACUUGCAGAAGCUCCUUCUGGAGAUCCUGUUAUAUUAUGGGGUGCUUGUGGAUUGGUUCUUGCUGGAAAUGUUGUAACCUUCCUAACUAUUCUUGGAUUUUUCGUGGCAUUUGAUAAUGAUGAUGUUGAUUACAGUAUGUGGUGAUGUAUAGACACUGGGACAUUGCAAAGGUGUCAGUUUUAUAACAGAAGCUUUACUUAAAAAAAUGUUGUAAAAAGUAUUAUAAGACUAGUGUUGAUGCUUUUUGGUGUUAUGUGACCUUUCGUUAUGAUGUCAUGUAAAUUAAACUUCCAUUUCUUCUUGUUUGUAUUAUGUUUUUAAAACGAAUGUUUGCAUCGAAUCGUAUUGUAGAGUAUCUGUCUAUUUUAAAUGUAUUUAGUACUUGUUUGUAAUAUUUUUUUUUCCUUCCUCUUAUUGUCAUUAAAAAAUGUUUAAUUCUUUCAUAACAUCUGUGAAAGCAUUUAUCUUAUAAAUUAUGAUUUCUGAAGAAUUUUUGUUUGCAUAUUAUACAAUAAAUCCAUAAUCGUCUUUGUAAUAAAAUUUAUUAAUAAAUAGUCUGAUAUAAUACA